GGCGGGUGGGCUGCUUUUGUGGGCACCUGGGGGCAAGGUGUGCAAACCGCAGGUGCAAAGGUCCUGGGUCCGGAAUCUGCGCACCUCAGACCCAGCGAGGAGGCCCAGAGGCGGGGCUGGCUAGGCGGGGACAGGGGGCGAGGGAGGAGGGCGCAGGGUGCACCCUGCUGCACGAGGGGUAUUCGGACUUUUACGCCCAGUGAGGGGGCGCCACCGGAGGGACAUGAGCAGCGCCUGGGGUCAGGGAUGAGGCAGGCGCCCAGAGGGGAGGGGACCGCUGUGGCUCCCGAGAGAUGGGUCGGGGCAGGACCUGGACCACGGCCGUUGGGGUGGCGAGAACUGGCUGAGAUUUGGAGAUUGAAGUUUUGGACACAUCUCAAAGGUGGCGCUGCCUGGACGGCCGCGCUCGGGGCCCCGCGAGCCCGCGACCCCGCCGCCCCCUGGUGCGCGCCGUCCAGGCCAGGACCCUCGAGGCCGCUGUCACCGCGAGGGGGCGCCGCCGCCGCCGCCCCAUUUCACCCCUGCUCGCUGACUCCCCCCAAAAUUCCCUUUUACUUUCGAUCCCUGGCUGUCACCCAGUUUGGCCCUUCCACACCCAGCCGGGGCGAGCCUGACGCGGCCACAGGCAUGAGGGGCCCCGGGGCGCGAUGACAGUGCUGGCGCCAGCCUGGAGACCAACGGUGUCCGCCCCGCUGCCGCUGCCCCUGCUGCUGCUGCUGCUGCUGAGCCCCAGCCUGCUCGGGACCCCCAGCUGCUCCUUCCCCCACAACCCCAUCUCCUCCAACUUCAAAGACAAAUUCAACAAGCUGUCUGAGUACCUGCUCCAGGAUUACCCCGUCACGCUGGCCGCCAACCUGCAGGACGAGCAACUCUGCGGGAAGCUCUGGCACCUGGUGCUGGCCCAGCGCUGGAUGGAGCAGCUCAAGACGGUGGCGGGGUUGAAGAUGCAGGAGCUCCUGGAGGCCGCCAACACGGAGAUACACUUUGUCACCUUGUGUGCCUUCCAGCCCCUCCCCAGCUGCCUUCGCUUCGUCCAGACCAACAUCUCCCACCUCCUGCAGGACACUGUGGCUCAGCUGGAAGCCAUGAAGCACUGGAUCACCCGCAGGAAUUUCUCUCAGUGCCUGGAGCUGCGGUGCCAGCCUGGUCAGGCGUUCCACAGCCACAUGGGGCAAAUGGCUGCUCUGCUGGACAGCCCGGUACUAUACCAUCAAAAUGAAGAGCCCUCCACAGCACUGCCCCCAGCAAGUCCAGGGGCCCAAGAGGCAACAGAGCUGCCGGCCCCGGCAUCCCAGUCCCCGCUCCUCCUCCUGCUGCUGCUGCUGCCGCCCACCCUGCUGCUGCCGGCCGCUGUCUGGUAUCUGCUCAGAUGGCGGCUGGGGCAAAGGCGCCCCUUCCCCACAGGCCCCAGGACGUGUUGCCGGUCUAGUGCCGAGCCACCCGAUGCCUGGUCCUGGCCGACGCAUUUGUCAUCCUGUUCACAGAGGAGGACACAGCCCGGCAGAGGAGUCACCUGCCAGAGGACGCGCCGGGCACAGCGGAAGUUGGCCGCAGGCUGCCGCCCCCCUCGUCGCUGCUGCCACUCUGGCCCUCUUCCCAGGACAGAGGCGACGCCAGGACGCAGCCCCGGCCCGCUCACCCCUCGCUGUACAAAGCCCUUGUCCUCAGAAACCUGUAUAUAAAUCGUUCUUUUCUACCA